UUACUGAUUGCCAAGGAUCCAGAGGGUAAUGUGCUUCAACCCCUGUUAAAAGUUUAGACUUCCUGAUUCUCCCAUUUGGCCUCACACAAAGACCUGUUCCUCUGCAACCACCUCAAGAUGCAGUACGGAGGUGCGCCCGGAGGCCCGGCCUUUCCCGCGCAGACGCAGGACCCACUGUAUGGCUACUUCGCUGCGGUGGCCGGACAGGAUGGGCAAAUUGAUGCUGAUGAAUUACAGAGAUGUCUCACGCAGUCGGGCAUUGCUGGAGGAUACAAACCUUUUAACCUGGAGACUUGUCGGCUUAUGGUUUCAAUGCUGGAUAGAGAUAUGUCCGGCACAAUGGGGUUCACCGAGUUUAAGGAACUCUGGGCGGUGCUGAAUGGCUGGAGGCAGCACUUCAUCAGCUUCGACAGUGACCGCAGCGGCACGGUGGACCCGCAUGAGCUGCAGAAGGCGCUGACCACGAUGGGAUUUAGGUUAAAUCCUCAAACUGUGAAUUCGAUCGCAAAACGGUACAGCACCAACGGGAAGAUCACCUUCGACGACUACAUCGCCUGCUGCGUGAGGCUGAGGGCGUUCACAGAUAACUUUCGAAGACGGGAUUCUGCUCAGCAAGGUGUUGUGAAUUUCUCAUAUGACGAUUUCAUUCAGUGUGUCAUGACUGUCUAAGUCAAGAGGAAGCUGUCGAACAUAACAUUCCAGCUGCAGUGCAUGUGUGCUUCCUCUUUGCCUUUAGUAACCUGCGUGGACUUCCGUCGUCGUCGCUGCUUUCCCCAACAGCCGUUGCAAGGUUUAUUACUCCACACAAUUGAAGUUUUUAGUUUUGAUAAGGAAUUCUUUGGAAUUUUGAUAAUAUAAAGUCAAAUCUGCUAUACCAAUUAGAAGUUCCCUAACUCAUUAUCAACCAUGCCUUAUUUUCCUGCUAACCCUCUUUAUAUGAGUAUGGAGAAUGUUCAAGGUGCAUUAUAUGCUUUUCAUUAUGAUGGGAAAAAUUUUUAAUUAAACUACAGCUGUGUACCUUUCCUCCCCGAGAGGAAUAUGGUUGAAAAUGUGUGGUGCAUUCUUAUGUAAAUGAUGUAGAUCCUCUUGGAUGCAGAAAACAAACCAAUAUGGUCAUCUAUGUCAAGGUUUUAUUUAAACUUACACAUAUUUUGAUGACCUUAUCAGUGAACCGGGAACACUUCAGUGAUUAUCUUCUGCCUCCUUAAUUUGAAUGGCAAAUACUGUCACCAAGUUCUUUGUCAUCACGCAUUCAAACCUUUAAUAUACUUAAAAAUCCUAGAAAGCUUAGCUGUAGAAAAAAUGGAUAGAAAAAGACUAAGGGAAUAUAUUAAAAUAUUAACUAUGGUUGUUUUUGACUAUACGAUUCCAAGUGACUAGUUUCAUUUACACAUUUCACCAUUUUCCAGAUUUUCUAUAUGGACUCUUCCAUUCUCAAAUCAGAAGAUACACUAAUUUUUAAAGUACUGAUACAUCCAUUUGGAUAUGUGACAUAUUUAUACUUUUAAUAAUAUACGGCAAAAAGACUGGAAUAGGUGUCCCAAAAUGUUCGUCUAGCAACCACUGGGAGACAGAGUAAUGGGUUUAUUUCCUUUUUUCCUAACAGUUUUCCAAAUACUCUAAUAAGCAAGUAUUAUAUAUAAUAGAAGACAUUUUUUAAAAAUUAUUUCAGUAAGGUCUAGAUUCCAGUGCUGUCUGUGCCUCUCAUUUGUGGCUGGGUCAUUUUUGAUAACUCCAGGAGUCUGUUUCCCUGAUUUCGACAAGGACAUAGGACUUACCUCUUGGGGUACCUUGAGAUUUGAAAAAGUGUGUGGUACAACUAGCAUCAACAGCAUUGCGUUUCUUAAAUUUAAAAUUGGCCUGGUUUGCCUUUUCUCCCCCAAGAGUUUUACAGAUAAAAAGUGGUCCUAUUCUACUUCCUCCUUGCCGGCAGUGUAUUUGUCCUCUUUUAGGGCACAAUGUGAGCAUGUCCAUUCAAGUGAACAAUUCGUUGUCCACUAAUGACAAUAAAAGUUUUCUUUGAGCUUCUUUAGCCUCAUUUUACUAACACAUUUUCAAAUAGUGCAUGCAUAUAUGUAUAUAGAGAGAGAGAGUAAAUCUUUACUGAACCCUAAUUUGUUUUCAUGGCAAGUAGUUACGGCCAGAUUAGAGGUCAGCGUGAAGCAGCCUGCUGUGUCUUGCAUGGUGCAUCUAGGUUGCAUCCAGGACCUAGUGUCUGUGCAGCCACAAAGCCUUGCUUGGGUCUGGGCUGCCCAGAAAGGGAUCAGAAAGUGCCCAGAGGACCGAGAGGCAGGGACUCUGCUUUAGCAUCCCAACGCCUGCUAUUUCUUUUACACUCACCAGGGUCUUCUAAUAAAUCAUAGCUUAGGGAAAUACUUUCCUAGGUAAGUCUAACAGUAAGAAAGAAGCCUAUUGCUGACCCAGAGUUAUGAGCCAUAUUUGACCAUCCCAGUCCUUUGAUAAAUCCCAAAUGUGCUACAUCGAUCUUGGUUGUGAACUUGCUUUGGGGUAAAUGCCAGAGUGUUAUACACCGUGCUUCUGGUGUCACUCAAUUCCUUCACUUUUAAUUAUGGAUACUUUGAAACAAGUCUCCUCAUCUUCUCUGCAGACUCCACCAUUUCUUUCCAAGAGCAUGGAGCUUAGCCUUCAUCGUGUCCUACAGUUAGAAAGUGUCCCUCCCCUUGACAAAUUUGACAUAGCCAUCUCCUUUCUUUAAUUACGGCCAAAGCCUCCAUUACAACAGUCUUUAUGUUGCCUUAUUGCUACUUUUUCUUGUUGCUUCAGUCACUGCGUACUUCCAGUGCAGUCUCACCCACUUCUUUAAGAUAGUUUCUUGGUCCAUUUAUUUAUUUAUUUUUAUGAAAGCAAAAGACUGGAGCAUGGGAAAGCUGUGUGCUCAAACUUGACUAUUUCCAUGAAGUUCCUCAGAGCACUGCAAUUCAAGAUUCUAUUUUAUUUUGGAGAUAUGCCCUUCGGCUUUGAGCUUCAAGAGAUUCCAGCUUUAUAAAGCACACCCCUCGUGUUCCUUAGAAACGGGGCUCCAGAGGCCCGGGCUUCUUCAAGACAGCUGGUGUACACCCGCAUCAAGCAGGCAUUAGGUUAAAGCUCUGGCUCAGCGCGUUACUGUACUCCAGGUUGUACCGAAGAUGGCCUGUGAGCUCACACUCGUGCUGUCUCCGGCCUAAACUCUGUUUUGGCUGAUUACUAUUUCAGUGCUCAUUUAAAUGGAUUAAAUGUCUGGAAUGCUAGAAAUAUAAGAAAUGGAACUAUAUGUAAUUGUUAUUUUUUAAUCUCAAAAUAAAUAUACAAGCCCUUCA